CAAGGAACUUCUCUAGAGCUAGAGAGGGCAAAAGAGAAUGGGGAUGGUGCUGGGGAAGAUCAGCGUGGAGACACCAAAGUACGAGCUUGUCACGAAGGAGAAUGGAUUCGAGGUGAGAGACUACGCGCCGCGCAUCGUCGCGGAGGUGAGCUACGAUCCGGCGGAGAUGAGGAGCGGCCGCGAUGGCGGCUUCUCGAUCCUGGCUGAUUACAUCGGCGCGCUGGGCAAGCCCAAGAACGAGCCCGCGCAGAAGAUCGCCAUGACGGCGCCAGUGAUCACGAAGCAAUCGUCGAGUGGAGACGCGAUUGCGAAUGCGCCGGUGAUCGAGAGCAAGAGCGAUGGCCGCGUGACGAUGCAAUUCGUGCUGCCGUCUGGGCUGACGAUGGAGUCGAUUCCUCGCCCGGUGGACGAGCGAGUGCGCGUGAUUCCUCUUCCACAGCAGAAGUUCGGGGUCCUGGGAUUCACUGGCGUCGCCGGUGAUGAUCUGGUGAAGAACAAGGUGGAGCUCUUGCGCAAGAAUCUGGCAGCGGCGGGCUAUAAGAUCGCAGGCGAUUACAUCCUCGCGCGAUACAAUCCGCCAUGGACGCCCGGAUUUCUAAGAACAAACGAAGUGAUGCUACCGCUAGAGUGAUUUUCCUGGAGGAUUCACCACGAGUAAAUAAAGAGAGUUUUUACCUUA